CUCAACUUCCCUUUUUAUUAGGCGAGUCCAUUGGUGUUAUUCAAACACUCUUCUUCUCUCUCCCCUUUCUGUUUUUCAUUUCUUUCUCUUCAUAUAUGGCCAAAGGAAGUGGACUCUCCUUUGAUCCAGAUCCCAUCAAACCUAUUCCUACUGUCCUCAAUUCUUUUCUUGAACCCCAUAACAACCACUUUUAUCCUCGUAACAAUAUUUUUUUCAAUUUUUCAUCUAUGGAAUCAUCAUACAACAACAGGUCACCACCUCCUACUAUUCAAUUCCCAGUAAACCUUAACUGCUCUACUACUCAUCAUGAUCAUGAUCAAGACGAACAACACAUCAGACCAGUUAUUGAUGAAAUGGACUUCUUUGCUGAUAAAAAAAAUGCUACUAAUUCUGAGGAGCCAACAACAGCUAAUGAUUCUGAUAGAAAAGAAUCAAACACUCCUCCUCCUGAAUUGGAUUUUAAUAUUAAUACUGCUUUGCAUCUUCUUACAGCAAACACUUAUAGUGAUCAGUCCUUAGUGGAUGAUGGCUUAUCCCCUAAUUCUGAUGAUAAAAGAAUCAAGAGUGAGUUAGUAGUUCUUCAGGCUGAAUUGGAAAGAAUGAAUGGCGAAAAUCGACGAUUAAGGGAUAUGUUAAAUCAGGUGAAAAACAAUUACAAUACCUUGCAGAUGCAUAUGAUGACAAUGAUGCACCAACAGCAACAAAAUCAAGAAAGUGGUCAACGUGAUGGGAAAAGUGAAGAAGUGAAACAUCAACACCACAAUAAUCAAAAUGGUCAUGGAGGAGGAGGACAAGUAGUGCCUAGGCAAUUUAUGGAUCUUGGCUUAGCUGCUUCUGAGGCUGAAGAGACUUCCCAGUCAUCUUCAGAGGGAAGAAGUGGCAGGGAAAAAUCGCGAUCACCAGCGAAUAACACUGAAGCAGGUUCCACAGGUGGGAUUAUAAGAGAAGAUAGUCCUGAAAAAGAGUCACCUGGUUGGGGUCCUAAUAAAAUUCCAAGACUUGGCAAUAGCUCUACUAAUAAACCUGCUGAUCAAGCUACUGAGGCUACUAUGAGAAAGGCUAGGGUCUCCGUCAGGGCUCGAUCAGAAGCUCCCAUGAUCACAGAUGGUUGCCAAUGGCGAAAGUAUGGGCAGAAAAUGGCGAAGGGAAACCCAUGUCCUCGGGCUUAUUACCGGUGCACCAUGGCAGCUGGUUGUCCAGUUCGGAAGCAAGUUCAAAGAUGUGCAGAGGACAGAACGAUCUUGAUCACAACUUAUGAAGGUACUCACAACCAUCCGUUGCCACCGGCAGCUAUGGGGAUGGCCUCAACAACUUCCUCUGCAGCAAGAAUGUUACUUUCAGGUUCUAUGCCAAGUGCAGAUGGGCUAAUGAAUCCCAAUUUCUUUGCGAGAACUCUCCUCCCUUGCUCUUCCAGCAUGGCCACAAUUUCAGCCUCCGCCCCGUUCCCUACUGUUACAUUGGACCUAACUCAAUCCCCAAACCCAUUGCAAUUCCCAAGACCCCCAAACCCAUUCCAAGUCCCAUUUUCAAAUCCAACUCACAACAACAUCCUAGCAAAUCCAGCUGCACUUUUGCCUCAGAUAUUUGGCCAGGCUUUGUAUAACCAAUCCAAAUUCUCUGGCCUCCAAUCGUCUCAAGAUUUGGAAGGACAACAGCACCCUUCAACGAUGUCAUCCUCGAUUAAUCCAUCCAACCACAACCCUCUAGCUGACACGGUGAACGCCUUAACCAGUGAUCCUAAUUUCACUGCAGCAUUAGCAGCAGCCAUCACUUCACUUAUUGGCAAUCCAGGGCAAUCAAACAAUGGUACCAACAAUACAAUUGCCACCACCACAACGCCCUCCAACAACAAUAACAACAGUGUCACAAGCAAUGGCAAUAACAACAGCAAUGGCAACAAUAAAGUGACGAAUUCGAGUUUUCCAGCAAAUUGAUUGAUAGCUUGUCAAUUAAGCUGCUGUGCGCAUAUUUUCCUUUCAAGAAAGAAUUUUUUUCUUAAAUUAAUUUUUUUUGCUUAAUUAGUAAUCACGAAAACUAGAUUACUAUACAAGUUGAUAAGAUUUUUUUUGUGUGUUUUAUAGGUGGCUUAAAACAUAUAAUCUUCCAUUCUUUUUUUGGCUGAAUAAUGUAAUUCAAGAUUUCUUAUCAAUACAAAGAAAAAAUAUUGGCAAAGAAAA